AAUAUAUUCCAUCCCCGAAGUGAGCCUUUAUUAGUCGGGAUCGUUUGGAUCUUAUCUCGCAUAUGACACUCAGCGGAACAAGGACUGGAGGUGAAGACAAGACAGAGAGACACAGACAGAGAGAGAGAGAGAGAGAGAGAGAGGGAGAGAGAGAGGGAGAGAGGGGGGAUUAUCCGCGACCUGCCUUCCGAUCCGCUCAUCCCUGACACGGGGAGAGCCGCGCUUAUCUCGCCCCUUUUUAUCCCCAUCUUCCCGCGGCGGAUGGACGAGUAGCCCCGGCUGCACUUUCUCCACUAUCUUCUCUUUUGUGUCUCCAUCGCCGGGAUCCACGCGCUGGAGUGCUGGGAGGGUGUGUGUGUAUGUGUGUGUGUGCGUGUGUGCGUGUGUGUGUGUGUGUGUGUGUGUGUGUGUGUGUGUGUGUGAGGGGCUGCUGACUGAUCCCGGCUCACAUCAUCAUUAGCAUUCUUUCUUUUUUAUAUAUAUAUAUUAUAUUAUAUAUAUAUAUAUAUAUACACACAUGUAUAUAUAUUUUUUAAUGGACUGAUCACUAAGCAUGCUGAAGGGGACUUCGGGACUGUUUUGAUGUACGGAAGCAUUUCUUUUUCUACCCACUUGACGUUUGACCCCCCCCCCCCCCCCCCGCGUGGUUCCCAGGUCGCAAGUUCCGAAAAGAGUAAAAACUGCUUCUACGCUGCUUUCGGUUUGGUGUUAAAUUGUCCCUCCGAAUCGAAAGUCCAUAUUUUUGCCCGAACAUCGAAAAUGACCUAAACUUGGAGUUGAGCCGCUCUGAAGUUCGUUUCCGUGAGAUUUCUCUCCUCCCAACUCUUUGUCAAGGUUUCUGAAGCAGGAGCGACCGCCAACGACCGGGGAACGAAAAUGAUGCUGAGUCCGGACCAGGCGGAGGGGGACCUCUCCUGGACCCAGUCCGACCCGGAGUCCCUGCUCAACGGCCUCCGGUCGGCCGGCUGUACCUCGGACGAGCCGGCGGAGGGCGAGGAGAGGCCCAAGUGCAGGGCCGACCAGCCGCUGAGCCGAGAGGAGAAGAGGAGGCGGCGGAGGGCCACGGCCAAGUACCGCUCGGCCCACGCCACCCGAGAGCGGAUCCGCGUGGAGGCGUUCAACGUGGCCUUCGCGGAGCUGAGGAAAUUACUCCCCACGUUGCCCCCGGACAAGAAGCUCUCCAAGAUCGAGAUCCUCAGACUGGCGAUCUGCUACAUCUCCUAUCUCAAUCACGUGUUGGAUGUUUGAAAACAAAGGGAAUAAAAACAGAGGGACCGAGAUGGUUUGGGUGGAGAUGACUGGACUCUGGGUGGGGGUCGGGUGGGUGGUCGGAAGGGAAUGGCAAAGUUGGCGGCAGGGCGGACUCGUGGGGGGGAUUUACAGCCUUCCACGGUGCGUAGUUUGUGCGGACAAUGCCUUCAAAAUUGUCAAUUUUCGGGUGUAAAACAACUCUAUUCGUGGUCCCUGAAUCCACCAUAAUUUACAUGUAUAAAAAACAUUUGGUUAUUGGAAGUUACUAAAUAGAUAUUUCACUCCAUUUUUUAAAUACUAAAUGCCAAUUUAACAAUAUAUGUGGAAGAAUUUCUCCCCCGAAUGACAGUAACUAUCGUCCCUGGAUGCCGGGACCCCCCCCCCCGACCCCCUCGCAGUCCCCCCAAAGCGCGAGUGCAGCGUCAAUUAUUGUUGACGAAGUUGUUGUGUUGUUGUUGGGGGCGAACGGCUGAACAAAAAGAGCAUCGAGCGCCGAGCGGUGUCAUCUGUCAUAGCUGCAAUAAUGAGAGCACUCGGGGGGGGGGGGCACGUUUUCCUUUCCUUUACACAAAGGUGAUCAUUUCAAAAUUGUUAUCAUGAGGUUUAAGAAUUCGGUGUAAUAAAAUAAACAGAUGGGGAUGACGGAUGUAAACGAGACAAUAGCUGCUUUAGAUUCUAGUUUAGGCGAUGUUUUCCGUAAAGGAAGGGGGGGGGGGGGGGGGGGCAAUGCGUAAGUGCCACUUAUGACAUGAAAUUGUGACCUUAACCCUUUUUUCUAAUAAUUCAAGUGUAUGGAAUUAUUUAUUUAAUUGUGUUGAAAUUUAAGGCUAAUUUAUUUAUGUUGAUAUAAAUAUGUUUUGUAUAAAUGUGUUGUUUGUUGCUUCUAUAUUUUAGGUUGUAAAACUUGGAAAGUGAUUCUAUACCCUUAAAAAAUGGCACUUUCUGUUGAUCCAUAGCAUCAUUCAUUUGAUGUAUGUUUGAUGUAUUCAUGUUUUUUAUUUUGUUUAUUUAUUUAAUAUAUUUUAAUGUCACGUCUAUUGCCUAUCAAUAGCAACGAUAAAGCACUUCAAGAUGGGGUUCAUGGGCCGGUAAAUGUUCAUUUUGCCGAUAUUGUUGUCUUCAGAUGUCACUCGGAGAAUAAGAAACGGGCUUAUAAUUUGUGUUCAAUUUUGAAAUAAUAUAAUAAUCAUGUAAAGAAUGAUUCCGUCGAACAGUUUCUACCACGUAUCAUAGGGCUGCGACCAAAAAAAGAAGAAGAAUCAUUUUGAAAAAAAAAGCCUGACUUUAUCCCCGUCAAUGUUUUGAUGUUCAGUUUUUUUUGUUGUCAUUCAUUUGUGUCUGCUCUGUAACGGAAUCCAAUAAGUAAUUUUAUAGUGAAGAAAAAAAGCAAACAUAUCCUCUAUCCAAAGAUUUUCUGUCAUUCAGGGUUGUGUAGGCUACUUGUUGCUUUAUGCAGAUCUUUUGUAGUAGAGGUGUCGUGUGACAGCUGGUUUCUAAUGAACAAACUUUUUCAUAUUUUCCGCUUUUAUUUUAAUUAAAACGGAAAUACUUGAAAAAAAA